AUAUAUGUAGUAGCCAAAAAAUGUUUCAACCUUCGCGGCAACAAAUUCUGCGUUUGUACAAGCAUUUAAUUCGUUACGGCAACCACUUGAAGCUAACGGACAAGAACUACUUUUUGGGCAGAGUGCGGCACGAGUUCCGGGACAACCGGUCCCUCACCAAUCCUGCGGAGGUGGAGUUCAGUUUCAAGCGCGGAGAGACCCUGCUUAAGAAGGGGCGCAUCCUGUAGGAAUGCUG